AUGAUAGCUCGAGGUUUCCUCUGCCGCGUCUCGCUGCUAGCGCUAGGCCUGGUCUCCAUUGCGGCCGCCGUCAACGGAACCCAAGGAACCGGCGUAUCGGCCGCAUCCCUCAGUCUAGAAGAUAUUGAGGAAAGACUCCAACUAUGCCCGGUGGUUGCGGAUCUGAGCGCCGAGAAGUUGGCCGACUCUGCCGGCGCCUCCACCCUGACAUCCCGAAUCUUUGGUGUUCUUUUCCCCGGUAGCCCAGCAGUAAACGCCAUUCUUGCCACGCUAUACAUUUCUGGACCGCCAAAUUUCCUCCUCGCAUUGUGCCCUCCCAAUAUCGACCCGUCCUCGCUGUCCGUCAUGGUGGCCUUUGCCGUCGGCGGUCUAAUGGGAGACACCUUGUUCCACCUGCUCCCAGAGAUCUUUCUCGGCGAGGACAGCCCCGAGCACGUCAAGUUUGUCUUGGUCGAGCCCAACAGGAAUCUCUUGCUUGGUGCUGCCAUCUUGGCUGGCUUCAUGACAUUUGUUGCCAUGGACAAGGGGCUCCGCAUUGCGACGGGCGGCCACGGCCACGACCACAGUCACGGAGCCCACGAGCAUGGGGAUGCUUCCCAGGUCCAGGGAUCUUCGACAUCGGUACAAGUUGUAGAGGGAGAGGUAAAGUCUAGGAAAAAGGCCAAUGGCAAUGCAGAGCCGGCAGCCCAUGUCGAAAAGGAGAUUAAUCCUAGCGUCAAGCUUGGAGGCUAUCUAAACAUGAUCGCUGACUUUACUCACAACAUUACCGAUGGCCUCGCAAUGGCGGCUUCAUUCUACUCAUCGCCCACCAUUGGCGCAACAACUACAGUCGCUGUAUUCUUUCACGAAAUUCCACAUGAAGUCGGCGAUUUUGCUCUGCUCGUGCAAUCCGGAUUCUCCAAGCGCGCUGCAAUGGGAGCGCAGUUUGUCACUGCCCUCGGGGCCCUACUCGGAACCUUGAUUGGCAUUGCUGUUCAAGAGUUUGGCGGCAACUCGGCUGGUGAUGCAGUCACUCUGCGCGGUGGUCUCUUUGGAACCUCUCUGACCUAUGGCGAUCUCUUGCUUCCCUUUACGGCCGGCACCUUUUUGUAUGUUGGAACUGUGGCAGUUAUUCCCGAACUCCUCGAGACGGGCCCGAACAAAAAGGCCGAGCUGCAGAAGACUUUGGUCCAGUUUGCGGCUAUUGCUCUGGGCGCCGGAAUUAUGCUGUACAUUUCGUGGGACUAG